AUGGCGGCCAAGUUCAAGCAGUUUCAGAACACGGACGAGGGCGUCGAGACGGUCGAGGUCGAGAAGGAGGGCCAGAGCCGGCCUGUCUACUGGACCAAGGGCUCGGCCGAAGAAGACUUCAAGGGCUUACGGGAGAGAUGGAGCAAUGCGUCGUGGCACGCAGUCAUCGAGGCCUCCCACUUUAAUGGCGCCGACGCGCUGCCCAACGGUAUCUCGGCAACCAUUAAGCGCAGUGACACGCAGCUCGCCGUCUGGCGCUUCAGGGGCCGGUUCUACGCCACGCAGCAAAUCGACGACAGCGUCGUCUCGAGCGCCGAGCGGUCGCCGUGGUCUUUGUCCCUCCACAAGCGCAACUUCGACCUCGGCGACGGCUCGUGCAGCAGCGACAAGGCCCUCUCCAUCGCCACUUUCCCGUGGAGGCCCGUGCGGAUGGCAUGGUUCACCUCGCUGCCGCCCGUGGAGGAGCUCGACGCGGCACUGGGCACGAGCCGCUGGAAGGUGCGCAAGGCGAGCGGCGAGGCACCGUUUGCGGAGCUGGAUGGCAGGAUUCGGCGGACCGGGCAGCGGGCGAGGAAGCCCAAGGGCGAUAGGUCGGGCGUCGGCGCAGCCGGGACGAGCAUGGCAAAGCCGGUCGAGCUGAUGGCCGGGGAGGCUGGGAGAGAUGUCGGCGGUACGAGGCAAAACGCCGUCGACUGCGUGCUGCUGUGGCUUUGCGGUUUUCCCAUGCUGCGCAAGUGA